AUGCCGCCUUUGAAUGUCAUCGCCCUGAUCUCAGGCGGCAAAGACUCCCUCUACUCAACCCUCCACUGCAUCCGAAAUGGCCACCGUAUCGUCGCCCUCGCAAACCUACAUCCGGAAGCAAACCUCUCCCCCGAAAAUGAAGAAGACAUCGACAGCUUCAUGUACCAAACGAUCGGCCACAGCGUGAUCCCUCUAUACGCAGAAGCUCUAGAUCAGGGCGCCGAGACCACGGUGCAAGACGAGACAGAGUGUCUGGUUCCAUUGCUUCGACGGGUAGUGGAAAUGCAUCCUGAGGCGAAUGCGGUCUCGGCGGGUGCUAUUCUUUCUACGUAUCAGCGGACGAGAAUUGAGAAUGUUGCUGGGCGGUUGGGGCUCGUUCCGCUUGCUUGGUUGUGGAUGUAUCCUUCUCUUCCUGCGCCUGCCGAGAGGGAAGGAGACUAUUUGGCUGUGAAAGAGGCGGGCUUGUUGGAGGAUAUGGCGGGGUGUGGGUGUGAUGCGAGGAUUAUCAAGGUUGCGUCUGGGGGAUUAGAUGAUGGGUUUCUAUGGGAGAGUGUUUCUGGUGCUGGGAACGGAGGUCGUGGGGGGUGCCGUGUUGGGGGGGGGGGUGAAUAUGAGACUUUGGCGAUUGAUGGGCCCGGGUUUCUUUGGAAGAAGAGGAUUGAAAUUGAGGAGAGGGAGAUUGGGACUGGUGAGGGUGGGGUUGCGUUUAUGAAAUUGAGAGGGGCGAAGUGUGUGGAUAAGGAGGGGGAUGAGGUUAGGCCGGAGAAUGUGAGGAGGCCUGCGCUAUUGGAUGAGGUAUUUGUGAACGCUUUAGAAGAUGUGCCUGGAUAUUCGACCGGGGAUGAGACGCGGACUAUGAUGGCGUCGCCUGCGUGGUCGAUCUAUGAACCGCACCAUCGUCACUCAAACUCGACGUGGACCAUCUCGAAUCUUGUUGCACCUGAGGCUGGACCUGGUGCUCAGGAGCAGAUGGACGGGAUCGUCAAGAAGACCCAAGCAGCACUGAAAACCAUCUCAAAUUCCACGCCUCGAUCUACUGAGGAUAUCGUCUUCGCAACGGUCCUCCUCCGCUCCAUGGAUGACUUCGCUCUGAUGAACAACGUCUACGUUUCCCUUUUCAAGAAACCGAACCCACCCGCUCGAGUCACAAUCGCAUGCGGCGACACCCUUCCGUCCAACGUGAAGGUAAUGGUCUCUUUCGUGUUGGAUAUGGGCGCACGUCACAGUCGCCAAGGUUUGCAUGUGCAAUCACGGUCAUAUUGGGCGCCCGCCAAUAUCGGGCCUUACUCGCAAGCGAUGUCCAUUCCGCUGCAGAAUAGUAGGGUGAUUUAUAUUGCAGGUCAGAUCCCGCUGGAGCCGGCUUCUAUGGAGAUGGCAACGGCGGGGAAGUCUUGGUUCGAGGAUUACUGUCUGCGGGCGGUGCUUUCCCUCCAGCAUCUUUGGAGAAUUGGUGAUGCCAUGCAGGUCAAUUGGUGGCUUGGCGGGGUGGCUUUCUUGACGGGCGAAGCUAAAAAUAUCGAGACCCAAGUCAAGAUUGCGUGGCAUCUCUGGGAAAAGAUGCAUACACGGAUGGAGAGUGCCGAUUCGGACGAUGAGGGGCCUCAACUUGAUGCAUGGGAUAUCAAGUAUGGUCGAAGGGCCGAGGAGCUGAUGCCCGAGACUGUUUCUUCGGUUUUGCCCAAUUUCUCUGUUCUUGACGAAGAUGGUCCCUCAAUUCCACCGUUCCUUGCCGUCGAGGUUGACCAAUUACCGCGUGGCAGUGAUGUCGAAUGGCAAGGUCUCGGAAGUCGAUGUGAACAAGCUGCCGUUGAUAUAAAGACAGAAUGUGUCUGUUCUACUGUGGACGAGACUUAUCGCUUCAUCAGCGUGGAGAUUUCAUCCUCGCCUGAGUCUUUGGAAUCUAAUCUCCAUGAUAUUAUUGCCACACAUUGCCAAAGCAAAGGUCUGGCUCAGGCCGUGUUGUAUUCUACACAACCUGUUGCUGAAGGCCUCUGGGAUGGCCAAGUCAUCCCUUGCAAGUCUGUAUGGGGUAGAGGAGGCCAGCGCUUGACUGCUGGUAUUGUCUUCCAAGAGGAACUUGCAUGA